UAGCUCAGAAAACAAUAGCCAUUACCAUAGGCAGUAGCAGCUGCGUGCAUCGAGCGAAGCCAUGAUCUCGCAGUUCUUCGUCCUCUCACAGCGUGGCGAUAACAUUGUUUUUCGAGACUUUUCGGAUUUCCCAGGUCAAGGAAAUUGAACAUUAAAAUAUGGCUGAAUGGAAUGCAGACAUAUGGCUGCUUCUAUUCUGCAAGUGUUUUUGGGAAGGGUGGAUGGAGUGGGGGGAACAUCAUUAUUAUCGCUAGAGAUUUAUCAUCAUACCGUGGUGAAGUUCAGAAGGGAAGUGCUGAGAUAUUUUUCCGUAAAGUAAAGUUUUGGGAAGAUGGGGGGCUGCAGGAGGCACCACCUGUCUUUAAUGUGGAUGGUGUAAAUUACUUUCAUGUGAAAGUUGUUGGCUUAUUGUUUGUAGCAACUACAAGGGUUAAUAUAGCACCUUCUUUUGUCUUGGAGCUUUUACAAAGAAUUGCUCGUGUUAUUAAGGAUUACCUUGGGAUUCUCAAUGAAGACUCCUUGCGAAAAAAUUUUGUGCUUGUGUACGAAUUACUUGAUGAAGUUAUUGAUUUUGGCUACGUACAAACAACAUCUACUGAAUUGUUGAAGUCCUAUAUUUUCAAUGAGCCGCUUGUAAUUGAUGCUGCACGUAUGUUACCCCUUGGCCCUGCUGCGAUGUUUGCGCAAGGGACUAAAAGAAUGCCAGGGAUAGCUGUCACAAAAUCUGUUGUUGCUACAGAGCCUGGGGGUAGAAGGAGGGAAGAAAUCUUUGUAGAUAUAAUUGAGAAAAUCAGCAUCACUUUUAGCUCUAGUGGAUAUAUUCUGACUUCUGAAAUUGAUGGCACCAUACAAAUGAAGAGCUAUCUUUCUGGCAAUCCUGAAAUUCGAUUAGCUCUUAAUGAAGACCUUACUAUUGGAAGAAGCCAGGGAGCAGUUUACGGUAAUAGAAGUUCAGCUGGCUCAGGAACAGUUAUAUUAGAUGAUUGUAAUUUCCAUGAAUCUGUUCGUCUUGAUAGUUUUGAAAUGGACAGAACACUAUCCCUGGUACCACCGGAUGGUGAAUUUCCAGUCAUGAACUACCGAAUGACACAGGAAUUUAGGCCUCCUUUUCGUAUUAAUGCUUUAAUUGAAGAAGCAGGGUCCCUUAAGGCAGAAGUAAUUCUUAAAGUAAGUGCUGAGUUUGCCUCAAGUGUAGCAGCAAACACUAUCAAAGUGCAGAUGCCACUACCAAAGUGUACCAUCAGGGUGAGUUUUGAGCUGGAACCUGCAGCUGUUGGACAAACAACUGAUUUUAAAGAAGCAAAUAAGAGGCUAGAAUGGAAUUUAAAGAAGAUUGUUGGGGGAUCUGAGCAUACUCUACGUGCAAAACUAACCUUUUCUCAGGAAUCACACGUUAAUAUAACGAAAGAAUCUGGGCCUGUUAGCAUGACAUUUACUAUACCAAUGUAUAAUGCAUCACGGCUUCAGGUCAAGUAUUUGCAGAUAUCAAAGAAAUCUGCGACGCAUGAGCCAUACCGGUGGGUUAGGUAUGUUACACAGGCAAAUUCCUACGUCGCUCGUAUAUGACGCCGCAGAGCAACACCCCCCCCCCCCCCUCCUCUUAUUCUCCAGGCUUUAUUUUUUUUACUUUAUUCUUUAUCUGUAAAUUGCAUUUUAAGUGUCGAAUGACGUUAACAACGUUCAUUAUACAUACACAAGCUGAUCGUUCAACCUGGAUGAAUUACAUCACUAUUUUUCCUUAUUU